AUGAGAAAUAUUUGGUUGAGAAGAAUUGGAUAUAUUUUCAAGGAGAAAUUUAUCAACCUUGGAGUGCUUUUUAACCAGGCCAGAACUAGUGUUACAGACUAUCAACAAGUCCAUUGUAAUCCAAGUAAGAGAUCAGAGACUAAUACAGAGGAUAGAAACAUGGUCCGAUGGAAAGCACCUAUGAAGGAUUUUGUGAAGGUGAAUUGGGAUGCUGCAUUUAACUCAAAAAAUACAAGUACGGGGGCAGGUGUGGUUAUUAGGGAUGAAGGUGGGGAAGUGCAAGUCUCACUUUGCAUGUCAAAGGAUCAGAAUAAUUCACUUGCUGUAGCAGAGAUUACUGCUUUGUGGAGGGCUCUAAAGCUUUGUGUAGAGCUUAAUGUAGAAAAGGCAGUCUUUGAAAGGGAUGCUCUGGGAAUUGUCAAGGCAGUCAAUAGUGCAUAA